UAUUCCUUCUUGUCCCUCCAUCUACCAUUCAUACCGCUUCCAUGGACAUGACUCUCUGAACUCCACAAAGGACCGCGCUCGAUCCUGCCCGCAUUGAUGUUUUGUAAUGUGAUUUAUCAUUUAAUCUUAACUUUAUCUACUACUAUCACAUUCGGAUCCAACCUGUUCGCAGAGUAACAAUCAACUAUAUACGAUUUCACUUGCCAUGUUAUCACUGGGCCUUACUCUGCGCGCAACUUCAAUUGAUAUAAUCGAUGACUAGGACAGUUGGCCACGCUGACAAGAAAUCUAUCGACUUUCAAGUCAACCUCCAUUUGCUGGACGGGAGUGUCUCAGUUCUCAAUCUACGUGGUUGCCGAGGAAGAUUCGGAUUGCCAUGGGAAGGCUUAUCAAAAACCACUGGGCCCGCUUGAUAAUCCUCACGGCCGCAGCAUAUCAAGUAGGCAGUGCUAUCGAAGGUUUCAUCUGGCCAAAAGUGUUCUGGGAUUUCGUGACGAAGAACCUCGACGGCGCAGUAAAACCGAUCCCGGUGUUACAAAUUCUCAAUCUGCUCAUGGGAUUGCUCGGUCUCGCAUGGGAAUGGCCACUGAAAUACUUUGCCGGGACUUUACCGCACCGCAGUAUCGAGUUCCGCCUUAUCCUAUAUCCUCUUAGCGCUCUACUUUCUAUGCUCCUAUACCAGGGAACCGAUCCCGCCAUCUAUUACCUUGUUGGAAUAGGCGUAUACUUCUGGGCUUAUUCAGAAGGCGAGGUUGUCUGCCCGGUACCGUGGACCUUACCAAAACGAAAUUCCCUCAAAGUAUAACGAUGCGUGUUCAGCGCUAGAAUUACGACCUAAUGACUUGAAACGAUAUAAUUAAUGACUAUUUGUGUGGUUAUCGGCGUUUACCCCCGGUUCCUCAAGAAGAGAUAUGAGUAGCCAGCAAUGGCCUUGUCUUAUUUCAGUCCGAUCGUCUCUGUGCAAUUGCGUUCAACCAUUAUCGAUACCCACCGAUAGCGAGACACAGAAGGAGAGGACGCCGAGAAGAAAAGAAUACAUGGAGGCAUUGUCACCGCGAUCAACAAAAAAAGUGAUCGAAGUCAAGCCCAUGAAGCGCAAACCUCUAUACCCCAAAGCAGCUGCUCCAAGCCAGUGACAAUUAAUUGGGCACAGUACUCCGUACAUACUAAAGCGAUGAAUAAUAGCCGUAUUGGCGACUUCAGUGGGUAUAGUAUCUUGGAUCAUGUACAUAUAUACAUAUAUAUUACCUAUAUAUACUAGUGCUAGUCUUUAACAAAGGAGAUUCUAAGACCAA